AUGCCUUCUCUUGCAGACUUGGGGGUCAUGGACCACAUGAGUAGGUCAGAUGACAUGGAUGACAACUCGUCAACAUGCUCCUACUACUCUCUCUCCGACGUAGAGGACAUGUCAUUCAAGAAGAUCCCUGCGCAUGAGGUCCGAAAGCAAAGUGAGCAGGUCCCUGAGUUUAGUCCUUUCUCGACAUACCCUCACACCUUUCACAACAAAGAGGCACUACCGCUCAAGGUAGCCGGCCCGUGGUUGGAGUAUCCUCUCUGCCUUAAAGGCAAAUACACACCAUCCAUGGGUAUGAACCCAGGACCAGCGCGAGUCAUCGUCAAUCCGUCAGUCCCUGGUGGACAUGACGUUAUUUAUCAUCCCACAAAGUGGGAAGGGAGGUUUCUUCAGGCGAAGUACCGACCCAAGGGGUACAGAGCAAAGAUCUCUGGAUGUACGGCUAUGCCGACAGUCCCCUCACCUCCAUCAUCACCUCCGCCAUCCCCUUCUCUCUCGCCAUAUCCUUUCCUCUAUUUCUCUCCACCUGCCACUCCGGGCUUUUACGGAGCAUAUCCCAAUGGGCUGAUUGCGGGUCAGCAAGCGUUUGCCUUGGCAGCGCAACAUCAAUUUGCGUUGCAGCAACAGAGCCUAAUGGCCAGUUGCAUGUACCCACAGGUUAUGGGCUAUAAUGGAGUCAUACGCGGCCAGUCUUUGUUGGAGUUCUCUUGA